UUCUUCAGAUCACCUUCUGAGCUGAGAACAUAUCUCCUAGCUGCUGACAGACGUGAUGAUUUACUGGUUGCUGUCAGUUGUCCGAAGACAAAGAACCAGCCGAGGAUGGCAGAAGUGGUCCUUGGCAAGAAGCAGUUCAACAGCUGCCGAGGCACAUCCUGUGGCCCUGCCUGCCCAGGCACAGGUAGUCAUCUGUGGCGGUGGAGUCAUGGGCACCUCCGUGGCCUAUCACCUCUCUAAGAUGGGGUGGAAGGAUAUCAUCCUGUUGGAGCAGGGCAGGCUGGCUGCUGGCUCUACGAGGUUUUGUGCUGGCAUCCUGAGCACUGCUAGGCAUGUGACCAUCGAGCAAAAGAUGGCAGACUAUUCAAACAAACUCUAUCAGCAGUUAGAGCAAGAAACCGGGAUCCAAACAGGUUACAUACGGACAGGUUCCAUCUUUCUGGCUCAAACACAGGACCGACUGAUAUCCCUGAAGCGCAUCAACUCAAGGCUGAAUGUGAUAGGCAUCCCUUCUGAGAUCAUCUCCCCCAAGAAGGUGGCUGAACUUCACCCUCUCCUCAAUGUACACGACCUGGUGGGGGCCAUGCAUGUUCCUGAGGAUGCGGUAGUGUCCUCCGCCGACGUGGCUCUUGCCCUGGCAAGUGCUGCCUCCCAAAAUGGUGUUCAGAUCUAUGACCGGACAAGUGUCCUUCAUGUAAUGGUCAAAAAAGGUCAAGUCACUGGCGUGGAGACUGACAAAGGCCAGAUUGAAUGCCAGUAUUUUGUCAACUGUGCUGGUCAGUGGGCAUACGAGCUGGGCCUGUCCAACGAGGAGCCGGUUAGUAUCCCGCUACAUGCCUGUGAACACUUCUACCUUCUGACUCGCCCCUUGGAGACCCCUCUGCAGAGCAACAUGCCAACUAUUGUGGAUGCUGAUGGAAGAAUCUAUAUUCGAAACUGGCAGGGUGGUAUCUUGUCUGGAGGUUUUGAGAAGAAUCCAAAACCAAUUUUCACUGAGGGCAAGAACCAGCUGGAGAUUCAGAACCUACAGGAAGACUGGGAUCACUUUGAGCCCCUCUUGAGUUCCCUCCUGCGUAGGAUGCCAGAACUAGAGUCUCUGGAGAUCAUGAAGUUGGUGAAUUGUCCUGAGACCUUCACGCCAGAUAUGAGGUGCAUCAUGGGCGAGUCUCCUUCAGUCCAGGGCUAUUUUGUGCUGGCAGGAAUGAACUCUGCUGGCCUUUCAUUUGGUGGAGGAGCUGGAAAGUACCUUGCUGAGUGGAUGGUGCAUGGUUACCCCUCAGAAAACGUCUGGGAAUUGGAUUUGAAGCGUUUCGGUGCCCUCCAGAGCAGUCGCACCUUUUUGCGCCACCGUGUCAUGGAAGUCAUGCCUCUGCUGUGUGAUCUGAAGGUUCCCCGCUGGGAUUUCCAGACUGGGAGGCAGUUACGCACAUCUCCUCUCUAUGACCGGCUGGAUGCACAAGGAGCCAGGUGGAUGGAGAAACAUGGAUUUGAGAGACCAAAGUACUUUGUGCCACCAGACAAGGACCUCCUGGCCUUGGAGCAGAGCAAGACUUUCUAUAAGCCAGACUGGUUUGACAUUGUGGAGUCUGAAGUCAAGUGCUGUAAGGAAGCUGUGUGUGUUAUUGACAUGUCCUCUUUCACAAAGUUUGAAAUAACAUCCACUGGGGAUCAGGCCUUAGAAAUCCUGCAGUACCUCUUCUCCAAUGACCUGGACGUGCCGGUGGGCCACAUCGUGCACACUGGCAUGCUCAACGAGGGUGGCGGCUACGAGAACGACUGCAGCAUAGCUCGGCUGAACAAGCGCAGUUUCUUCAUGAUUUCUCCAACUGACCAGCAGGUCCAUUGUUGGGCCUGGCUUAAAAAACACAUGCCGGAAGACAGCAACCUGCUUCUGGAGGACGUCACCUGGAAGUACACUGCGCUCAAUCUGAUUGGUCCUCGAGCUGUGGAUGUGCUGUCCGAGCUGUCCUAUGCCCCCAUGACUCCAGAACACUUCCCGAGUCUCUUUUGCAAGGAGAUGAGUGUGGGUUAUGCCAACGGGAUCCGGGUGAUGAGCAUGACACACACGGGAGAGCCAGGAUUCAUGCUUUACAUCCCCAUCGAGUACGCCCUGCACGUGUACAACGAGGUGAUGAGUGUUGGGCAGAAAUACGGGAUCCGGAAUGCUGGAUAUUAUGCACUUCGUAGUCUCCGAAUUGAGAGGUUUUUCGCCUUUUGGGGUCAGGAUCUGAAUACCCUCACCACGCCGCUGGAAUGCGGACGAGAGUCGCGGGUGAAACUGGAGAAGGGCAUGGACUUCAUAGGCCGAGAGGCCUUGCUGCAGCAGAAGCAGAACGGGGUAUACAAGCGCUUGACGAUGUUCAUCCUGGACGACCAUGACACAGACCUGGACCUCUGGCCCUGGUGGGGGGAGCCCAUUUACCGCAAUGGGAGAUAUGUGGGCAAGACCACCAGCAGCGCCUAUGGCUACACUCUUGAGCGCCACGUUUGCCUGGGCUUUGUGCACAACUUUUCUGAAGACACCGGGGAAGAGCAGGUAGUGACAGCAGAUUUCAUCAACCGCGGAGAGUACGAGAUUGACAUUGCCGGGCACCGGUUCCAAGCCAAAGCAAAGCUCUACCCUGUCCCCUCUCUGUUCACCUAUAAGCGCCGAAAGGAUGAUGUGGAGCUAAGUGACUUGCAUGGGAAGUAACGUGAGAGGCCUCCCCCCGUACCCCCACCUUCCUCAUGGUCUUAGUUUCCUCCUCCUUGAGGACCUUUCUUGGUUUGUCCUUUGCCCUCAUCUUUUUUUCUCCUGGAUAUAAUUUUGAACUUCACCUACUUUUAAACUUUGCUUUGCAACCCCUUGUCUUUCCAUCUCCUCUCCCCUCUUGUAGCCCCCCCAGCUCCUCAUCCAGACUCUGCGCUGUUCUUGUUCCUCCCUGCUUCCUGCCUUCCAUAGUACUGGGGGGUAGGACAGGUGCAAGCUGCACCUGUGGAAGCGGGUGCCGCAGCGGCCUGGUUCCAGGUGCUGUGCGUCUAGGGCACGGGAGGCUGGUGGUGUGUGGGCCUUGGGGAGUGACCUCUUCAUUUCGGAGGGUCAUGGUGUGUGAGCUUGUGCCUUUCAGCCAGCUCCGCCAUCCUGUUCCUCUGUGCCCUGAGCUGGCACCUUGUACCUCUAGAUUGUGGGACGGCCAUCUACCUCGCCAUGGGAGGUGUCACGCUGACUCGCAUCUGGUCUGCAGCAGAGACGAUCUGCCGGGCACCCUCCCUUGCCUCCUUGCUGACCCGUGUUGGGCCAGGGACACUGCCUGUGAUUUUUUGCUCAUCUUUUGAUAACCUCUGGAAAAAGGGAUUAAUGAUUAAUGCCUAGGUAAGGGGUUGUAUUGAGCUGGGUAAACAAGCCACAGUAUGUGGAAGGGGGAAGCCAUGCUGCCUUCUGUUCUGCGCUCAGCUGCAGUGGUCUUGCUUCAGAAAGGUUACCGCCAGCAAUCCUGAGUGUCCUGUUAAUACAGUGCUGCUUCUCUUUGUCUUUUUUAGUUCAGCCUCACCUGCUCCUUCCACACCAGGCCCACGAGCUCAGCAUCCGUUUCCCUCCCUCUGUCCUGGCCAGGGAACUCACCCCCGCUGGCUGGGCUGGUGCUGGAGACCCAGUGCUGCUUCCUCCAGCCCAGAGAGACCUGUUCCAGGUUCUGGGCACAGUUUGCAUCCUGGCUUCUCUCUCCCACAUCUCUCCACGUCUUAGGAGAACCCUGCACUCUUCUUUGUCUCUGCUUUCUAUGACUGCGACACUGUACUUUCCAUCCUAGCACAAUCUCCCCUGUGCUCAUCCGACAGUUGCUCAUCCAAUGGCAGACAAGCUGCUGUUAAGAUUUUUACUAGCUGAAGUAUUAGCUCUGACAGAUCCUUUCAUUUUAUUGGUGCAGCUUAAAAUUCUCAGGUAUCUACCUGCUCUGGCAGUUGGAAUUUGUUCGCCCAUUUCAUCACAUUGGAGUCUCUUGCCAUUUCCGCAACCCAACUGCCUCAUCAUUCACUUUAGUGUCCUCCCUUGUAAGAUUACGGGAGCCCCUCUUCUGGGAUGGAUGUGUGUUUAACUGGCUGAGCCCAGCUGCUUCUGGCGAAAAUUAGAGCAGUAAGGGUCUGGGGAGAGUAGGAAACCAGGUAGGUUCAGCAGGUAUGAUUGAUCUGUGCUGGACACAUGGAGGCAGGUGGCCGCAUUCCGCAGAACGCCCGCGUCGUCUCUGUUAAUGAGACACACUCCAAAGCAGUUCCUGGCCAGUGUCAGUCAUGGGCAGGGUCCCAUUCCUAAGACAGGCACGAUGUUUAUCUGCUGGGACAUCCCUUGCUUGAAACACACGUUUAUCUUAGCACUUCAAAGUUCAUCUUCUGCCAGGCAGUGUGGAUUUGGUGUUUUUCCAUCUUUGGUCUUAAGAUCUAUUUUCUAUAUUUAGACCAAGUGACACAACUUCUCCAUUUGGGUGGUUUCUGUAUCCAGGGUAUGACACUCCAUGUUUGCUUUCUCAUGGCUGUCCGGGGACCCGGCCUGUCAUCUUCUAGAGAGCUAAGAGCCUCUGAAUGCUUCUCUAGAAAUGAUCCAUUACACCUGUGCUCUCUCAGAAACCCUCUAAUCACACACAGGCCCACUGUUUCUACUGUUCCUCAGGGAGCGCUUGGGCCCUGCAGGGGAGCAAUGGUGUCCAGGCUGGGUAGCCAGAGACCAGUCCUCCCAGUUCUGGAUCUCAGUUUCAUAUUGUCCUGUUUCUGCAGUGGUGGAGCCUGGUCAUUGUCACAUCUGAUCACACCACCUUGCACAAACAAUUUUCUGUGCUCUCCUUUCUUGGGUUAUUUCCAGGAAAGUAAACUCUGAAAAAUAACUCCAGCCUUCUCUGCGAUCCUGCCUUUAUGUGCACUGGACUUGCCAGGCCUUGCCCGCUGCUGCCACCAUGUAAAUGGAGGGAUGACAGCAGCUUUUGAGAACUGGUUUGGUCCCUGAAGACAAGCCCCAGCCGAGUGCUCGCUCUGCACAUGGACACCAGCUGCAGCUGAUGAGCCUCCACCAAGGCAGGGGAGGCAGCAGCCAGGGGGGUGGG